ACAUCACCGCAUCUCGAUUCUAGAGCUUCCAAGCUCUGGCAUCGAUUGCUGCAUUUCUUAAAAUGAGUGUACGAACGCAGUCGCGGCGGCUGACACGUCCAGUCACCGCGCUCAUCAAUCCCCAUAGCCAUACUUUCAUACUCCCAAUCCGAUCUGUGACACAAAUCCGCUCUGCCUCCUCCGGAUCAAAGGCCACGCCCAAGACAAAAACCGACACUCAGCCAACGAAUAAGAGUACAACGGAUACCAACCGCUUCACCAAUCCAUACCUCGAAGCCUACGAACGCUCAAAAGCCGAAGACAAAAAUAUUGACCUCAGCAGAGACUCGAUGCCUAGCAGCCCAGCAAGCUUCUUACCUCAGGGCUCUGUUUGGGACGCCGAGUUUCGCCCUCCGAAGGCCCAAUAUCUAGUCGACCCGGACAUCAGUCCUGAAGAGCAACUUCGAGGCACGGUCAAGUAUGAACAAAUUCAACCACCGAGUGACAACACCGAUUCCAUCCCGGUUCCUAUUGAGAUCAAAGACCGGAGAUGGAGCAACAUGGCCUUAAAAUUAGAUCCACGGCCGCUCAAACGUCAACUGUAUCAGCGCAAGAGAAUAACUCGCGCUGUACAGUCAAAAUGGAGCAUGACACGCAAGGAGAUCCUGAACAUGACUGAACGCAAAGUGGUUCAAAGGAGCGCUAAUCUUUCCACGAGCACCAAGAAAUUGAUGUUGCUAGCCCGGCAGGUCGCCGGCAAGACGCUCGAGGAGGCCGAAGCGCAGAUGAGGUUUAGCAAGAAGCGCUACGCUCUGAGCCUACGCCUGCUUUUAGAACAGGUGAGAAAUCGAGCAGUUAUAGAAUCUGGUAUGGGGUUGGGCACAGAUCUCCCGAAAGGGCAGGAGAAGCAUAUCGUAUUGAAGGACGGAAGGAAGCACAAGGUUAAAAACGAAACGGGACUUUAUCUUGAUCAGGCAUGGGUUGAGAAAGGCCAGCAUAUGAAAGAUGUGGAGUUUCGUGCUAAAGGAAAGGUUAACAGGAUUCUGCAUCGACAAUCUCGUGUUGUAUUGCAGUUGAAGGAAGAAAAGACCCGCAUACGAGAACACAAUGAGCGCGAGGCAAAGCGUGCCCAGAGGAAACCCUGGACACAACUCCCAGACCGGCCCGUCACAUUCCAACAUCAGCACUGCCUGUGGUGACGAUUUCUUGUACAUACUUCUAGUGGCAUUGCCACAUGUAUCAUACACUUGGUCGAUGGACAUACGUCAGCUGUACCCAGAAUAUCAAGAGUCUUACGGUAUAAGUAUAGCCUGUACAAGAUGCCUGUAUCUAAUAAUCCAACAGGACGGCCACAAUAGCCAUGCUGCCUGAAAAUAGACGCCUCCGCUAUGCAUUGUAAAAAUAGAUUCUUCUCAUAGCCUACCCUUCAAUCUCGAUUCUCUGCCCC